AUGGAUGGCGAGGUAGAAAGUGAAAAUGGUACAAUGAAGUCACCAGUUUGUCUCAUUGUGUUGGGUAUGGCAGGUUCAGGAAAAACAACAUUUGUAACAAAACUUGAUUCAUACCUACGGCAACACAAAAGACCUCCGUAUCUGGUAAAUCUUGACCCGGCUUGUAAAAAUAUGCCUUAUAAACCAAACAUAGGUAUAACAAUGAAUAUAUUAUUGUAAGUAAUAAUAAUAUUUUGAUGAAAUAAAUUAUAUUUGUUUUGCAGAUAUUAGGGAUUCUGUAAGGUACAAACAAGUGAUGAAAAAGUAUCAUUUGGGUCCAAAUGGUGCGAUUGUAACCUCUUUAAAUUUAUACUCCACCAAAUUUAAUCAGUUACUGGAACUCUUAGGAAAAGUGAAUGUAGAAAAUACUCAUGAUAUAGCUGUUAUUGACACACCUGGACAAAUUGAAGUUUUUACGUGGUCAGCAUCCGGACAGAUAAUAACUGAAUGUCUUGCAUCUACAUUUCCAACAGUCGUGGUUUAUGUUAUGGACUUGGAAAGAAGUACUAGUCCAGUAACAUUCAUGUCAAAUAUGUUGUAUGCAUGUUCAGUUUUAUACAAAGCAAAAUUACCAUUUAUUAUUGUUUUAAAUAAGGUUAAUUAUCCAAUAAAACAUUUUAGCAUUUAUAAUGUUUCUAACUUAUAUAUACUAUUAGUGUGAUAUUGUAGAUCCAACUUAUGCGAUUGAAUGGAUGCAUGAUUUUGAAGCCUUUUCUGAUGCUAUAGAGAAAGAGACUUCAUAUAUGUCUAAUUUGACCCGUACUAUGGCAUUGACUUUAGAUGAAUUUUAUAAUGAACUAAAUUAUGUACCAGUAUCUUCAUUAACAGGCUAUAAUUUUGAUGAAUUUUUAAAAAUGGUUGAUACAGCAGCUGAUGAAUUUCAACGGUAAAAUUAUACUUUAUUUUAUACAAAUAAAUACCUAAAAAAGUAACUUGUUUUCAUAUCUAUAUAAAAUAAAGGGAAUAUCGUGUUGAAUGGGAGAAAGUGCGUAAAGAAAAAUUACAAACAGAAAUUACACAGUUAAAUAGCAAAUUGAAUAGUUUAGCAGUUAGUAGUGGUGAAGGAGAAGAUAUUAAUUUAGGAAUUAUAAGUUCAUUAAGUGCUGGACGGGAAAUUUCGGAUGUUUAUUUGGCACCAAUGGCUAAUGAAAUUUCAGACGAUAGUGAAGGCGAAGAAGUAUCUGGUUUUAAUCUUAAUGGUAUGUACUUUUUAGAUGUUAUUUUAGUUUUAAUUAAAGUAUUUAUUACAUUUUUAAAUAUUACAAUAUGUCAAAAUACUUAACAAUAUAUACAUUUGAUCCAAUAAUAUCUGUCACGUUAAAAUUUAAUGUAACAAUAGGAAAUUAACUUGUGCCAAGAUAAAUAUAGGCAGUAUGUAAAAAUAGUGCCAACUUAUAUUGUUGAUUUAUUGUAAUAGAGAUCAGUUUUUGAAUAAUAAUUGUAUAAAAAAUAUUUUUUUUUUCAGAUUGA